GCCGUGCUGUGCCGCGCCGCCGGCAGGCUGGGCCGGAGCAUGUGCAGCUGCGGCAGGCACCUGGCAGGGAGCCGCAGCGCCGGGGAUGUGAACCAGGCGGGGAGGAAGGCCCUUGACUCAUCAGAUAAAUCCAGCCCCGCACGGCGAGCGAAGGCGGAGGAGGCGAGGCGGCGGCGCUGCUGGCAGGGGAGGAUGGCGGGGGACAGCGAGCAGCGGCUGGAGGAGCAGGGGCAGCCCAGCGGCGGCGAGCCCUUCCUCAUCGGGGUCAGCGGCGGCACGGCCAGCGGCAAGUCCUCAGUGUGCUCCAAGAUCGUCCAGCUGCUGGGCCAGAACGAGGUGGACUACCGCCAGAAGCAGGUGGUGAUCGUGAGCCAAGACAGCUUCUACCGGGUCCUCACCUCAGAACAGAAAUCCAAAGCGCUCAAAGGCCAGUUCAAUUUUGACCACCCAGAUGCCUUUGACAACGAGCUGAUCGUGAAAACACUCAAAGAGAUCACGGAAGGGAAAACGGUCCAGAUUCCUGUCUAUGACUUUGUCUCCCACUCCAGGAAAGAGGAGACGGUGACAGUCUACCCUGCCGACGUGGUGCUCUUCGAAGGCAUCCUGGCCUUCUACAGCCAGGAGGUGCGGGAUCUCUUUCGCAUGAAGCUCUUUGUGGACACGGAUGCAGACACCCGGCUGUCCCGCAGAGUGCUACGAGACAUCAGUGAGCGAGGCAGGGACCUCGAGCAGAUCUUAUCUCAGUACAUCACCUUCGUCAAGCCUGCCUUUGAGGAGUUCUGUUUGCCAACCAAGAAAUAUGCUGACGUGAUCAUUCCCCGAGGAGCAGAUAAUGAAGUGGCCAUAAACCUGAUUGUGCAGCACAUCCAGGACAUUCUUAACGGAGGACUCAGCAAACGCCAGAGCAACGGCUACCUGAACGGCUACACUCCUCCCCGCCAGCGGCAGCCCUCAGAGUCCAGCAGCCGGCCUCACUGACCCCAAGCAGCAGGUGUGAGGCUGGGGGCGGAGGGCACUCAGGCCCCAGCACCGCCCCCCUGUACAUACUGUCCGUUCAUUCCCCCCUUAUCUAUUUAAGAAACCAGACGGAGAUGAAUGCCUUUAAUUUUGUAUGUUGAAAAUGCCGAAUGAGAAGCAGCCGGCUGCUCGGGAGCCUGGACCGCCCACAGCUCCUGGCCUUGCUCAAUAACUCCUCCAGCACAGAACCGGCUAUAAAUCUCUAUAAAUAUAGAAUUGCUCUAUUUUUGUGUAAAUGCAGAAUAAUGUAAAAUUACUUGCCAUAAGGUAUUUGCCAGGCUCAGUGUUGCUGGGAGGGGGCUGGGAAGAGGGUCCCAGGAGGUGUCAGGAUCUUCAGCUCAAAGGCGGUAAGGAAGGAAGAGGUUCAGCAGCUGCUUUGGUAUCGCAGUGGCCUCCAUCCCGGGGAAGGGACAGGCUGCGGUGGAGGUGGCGACUUGAAUGUGGCAUGGAUUUUGUGACUGGGCUGGGGUUGCCGCCUCCUGCCAUUGCUGUUCAGGUCCGAGCAGCCUGGUUUUGACUGGCAGGCACCACACGACACCACUGGGAGCUGAGAUAAUGAUGUGUAAUACCCCCCUGACUGUCUCUGCACUUCCAGGUCUCAGUCCCUCAACCAGCAUCCCUUUCGGUGUGUGCUGCCCCUUCCCACCACAGGUGUGAAUCUGCUGUCACACCCUCCAGCAAGGACCUGGUGGGUGAUGCUGGAUAUGUGAUCAUAUAAAUGUGGCAGCUCGCAUCUUUAGCAGUCUCACUGCCCAGCUUGGGUGAGGAGGUGCAUGGAUAUCUUUGGAGCUCAGUGGCCACGUGUGUGGUGGGACUCCAAGCUGAGAGCCCUGGGUCAACCCUAAGCCUGGCAAUUGGCUUGCAGAAUGUCAGAGGUGUGCCUGUCAUUCCUCAUUUGGAACAGUUUUGCUCUUGGAGGGGUGAUUUUGGGUCUGUAAGGUAUGGUUAAUGGAGAACCAGUCUCUUCUGAAAGAAAGGGGCAAUAGAUGAAAGGCAGCUGCUGAGCAGCCUGUCUGAGGAGGGGGGCAGCAUGUGUAGCAGUUCCUGGGCUGCCUAGCAUCCCCAUAUCGGACAUCCACAGGUCCCAGCUGUGAGUAGCAUGAAACUGGAAGCCCAGGAGUCCUCUGCCCUGCUUUUUCAGAGCAUGAUCUUGCCUGGCUGGUGUCCUGCUGUCCCUGCAGUAUGUCGCCCCCAGAGUGUGCCCUCCCUUGGCCAGGGGGUGAGAAUUAGUCUUCCCUAACCUAGAAGUGCUGCCAACACCCACAUUCCAGGAGAGCCUGGUGGGGUUGUACUGCAGGUCUGGGGAUGCCUGGAGAGCAAGGUGGGGCAGCUGGGCUGGGGCAGGGGCUUGGUGGGAGCCAGGGAAGGGGAUGUGGUGGGAUGGUAGGCAGGAAAGAUCCUUUAGCCCAUGCUGCUGGGACUGCCUCACCCCACUGAAAACAAAGUUUCACAGGCAUCCCACAAAGCCUGGAGCACGGACUGUUAGCCUUGCACUCUGAUGAUUUUCAGUCUUUCCAGAGCAUUGGUUUUGCUCUGCAUGGUUAAAAGCUUAUAAACCAUAGACACACAACACAGCCUUGUGUGAGCUGAGAAAAGCUUUGAUUUUUAACAAAGAGAACAAGAAAGGAAGCACUGCCUCCAAUAAGUGCUGCUGGGGGAAAUUAAUUCCCUCUUGAUCUGUGAUGGGGGCACAUGGCAACCCUUUAUCCCCCUCCUUGUCUGCAGACACUCCCUGAGGCAUGUCGGCGUUGCCAUAAUCAAAGGGCUGGCACUGGCUAAUUCUAGGUACAGCCACAGGUAAGAGGAACUAAAGACCUGCAAAACUGGUGAGGCUUCUCAGGGCUUAAGCAGCCAAGACAGCUCUCAAGAUUAAAUACUGGCCUCCUCUGCCCUGUAAAUAAAGACAGAACAAAUGGA